AAUAGAAAAACUUGGGGGUAACUGGUGGAUUAAAACAAAAGAAGAAGAACAGGAAAAAAGAAAAGACAAGGCGGUGAGAUUCGUAAUCCCUGGUGUCGCUCAGGUCCUCCUUUCUUUCUGAGAACUGAGAGCGUUGACUUUUUCAAAGCCUCUGCCACUUUGGACUGUACCCGCAGGUGCAGGACCAGGCUGGCACGGGACACUCUGAGCAGCCCCGCUGUCACCAGGAGGGAUGUUCUAGCUCCCAGCUUAUUGACGUGUGUCUGUACUUACAUAGCAAGAUCACAGUAGUCAGCCUGUACAAAGUUAUUUGAAAAGAGCUUUCCUUAAUUUUGAGGUGAGAGCUUUCUGCUUAUACUAUAAAAUGAUUACAUUGAGUCUGAACUUGAUAUCUGCAAAAUAGAAAUUAUCCUGGUUUUGAAAAGUUAGUCCUUUUGCUGCCUGCAGGCUUGGCUCUCAGGGCGCGCAGGAAACCUCAGGAAAACCCUCAGUCACUUUAAGGCUACUUUAGGUUAUGUUUGAAAUGUAUUUUUAAAAUUUGUCAAACAUCGCUGGUGAUUCCUAAGGACCCUUAGGAGGGUGUGAUUGUUUUUCCUUGUAGUUGCAGGCAGAGUAUAUGGCAUCUAGUGAGUGAAAACGCGGUGAUUCCUUAGGGUCUCACAGUUCACAGCAUUCAAAUGCGGUUUUCAUUCUCUCCUGGGGCUGGAGCCCACCCAGAGUGCAUUUCAAUGCCCCGCACUUUGCUUAGGUUACCCACUCAUAAUCCCCCACCUUGCUACAGACAGCAUAUUUCAGCUCUGAGGUUCCUUGUUUUAAACUUCCAGAGACAAAAUGGUAUUGAAGAAAUACCUCCUUCCUGGUCAAAUCAACUAUUGUUAAGAGAGGAAAAUUUAUGGAAGUUGAAAAUACUAUGUAUGCUAUUUAAGCCUUCAUAAAAAUUCAAAUGCUUUUAAGAAUUGGUUUACCUGGUUAUGAGUUGGGGAGGGGAGAGAAACCUGCAGGAAAAUGUCUCCAGCCGUCUUGAAUUUAUUUCUUUGUUUGAAGAUAUUUGUUGGGUGAGGUUCUUUGGACUCUUCUUUUACAUGGGAUUUUUAAGAGUAACAAUUGCAGUAUUAUUUAUGUUAGAAUGUGUCAGAAUUGUUUCAGCAACGAAUCUUAUUAUUUGGUCUGUGGCUUAAAAUUUAAACAGGGACAAAUAUUCGUGACAGGGAGAUUCACCUCCUUACGUUGGCAUCUUAUAAUAUGCAGAACAUGUUAAAGAAAUGACUUGUAAUCAGACAUAAAAAUAGUAAUGUUGCAUUUUUAAAAACUACACCAUUCUGGUUUGAUAGAACGUGUCUGAUUUCAAGUUCUCCCAAGAACGACAUGUGUGUCCAUACCUUUUUAUAUGGAAAAAAAUGCUCUUCCCAGUGUUGCGUUUCACCAGAACUGGUGACCAAAACAUUUUAUUGAGUUAAAUGGUCAGGUUUUCUUCCUCUUUUGCUUCAUGGUGAGAGUCCAAGGAAGGAAUUUAGAGACUCUACAGUGUUUGUUUCAUUCAUCAGUGUUCUAACUAGAAUGUUACAUCUUGGAAAACUACACAUCCCUCAAAAUUCUGGAACACUGCAGCAAUAAUAGCCACCAUUACAGUCUCACGGGAGACCUCAAGGGCUGCAAACUCAGUGUGGAUGGGUUAGGUCUGCCUCUUGAAGAGUUUGUGCAUAGUGAUCAGCUGUGGCUGUGUUUGCAGUCUUUCCCCUUACUGAAAAAUUAAGGUCAUAGUGAAUUUAUUGGCCAAGAGGCAUAAAGAAAGCCCAACCGAGCUGCAGGCACUGUGUCUUCCUUGCUUGGCUAGAGAAUUCUAGUUUGGGAAUGGUGGUUCUUUGGUUUGGAGAAUUCUUUUUUUCUUGAUUUGGAUUUGUGUUUUUCACAUUUGGUUAAUACAGUAGCAUGUUGUCAAUAUGAACGUGAAAACUUUUGAAAUUUGAAAGAAUACUCUCUCUCACACACACACAUGUAUUUCAAGAUUAUGAGUUAGUAAUAGAUAAAGGAAAUAAAGAAAUCCCAUGCAUAUGUGCACACAGGACAGAGAGAGGGGCAUGGGGACAGUGUGGAACAGAGUUUUAACAUCAAAAAGACUUGACCUAAGUAAUAAAGGUCCCUCCUUUUUUAUAACCUUUUGCUAAAACAAAAUGGGUUUUCCUAUUUGUAAUGGUGAGUUUAAGCAUUGAUGUUAGCAUUUGGGAUGUUUCGUAAUUUUUUGUAUUCAUGUAAUAUAACUGCAGUUAAUAAAGAACUCAUUAAGGAUGGAAUCGUUUUGUGGCAUUUUUCCCUCCUCUAAUCUUUGGAAUUAUGAAAUAAUUUCAUUAUGAAAUAAGUAUUGCUUCUAGUUAUGAUAUUCUAAGGGAGAUUUGUGUAAGCGAAUCCACCUCACAGAAGGUAAACUAGGACCCCUUUCGGGUUUGCUGGAAACCCUUGCCUUCUGACUCCUCUGUUUGUAAGACUGACAAGCAUUUGGGGCUUCAUGACUCCUCCUUUUAGUGACAAGGGUUGCUGCAGCUCCUGAAUGGACUGCGAAUCUUGCUCUCUCAUAUUAAUGGAGACUUCGGGGUACUUUAUUUGAUAUGUGUGUCAUAUAAUCAUUCCAUUUUAUGGGAGAAAACACGAGAUGUGAAAGCAGCAAGCGACCCAUCCUUUUGAGGCUUACACAAGGAGAAACAUGAAUUCAUUUCACAUCUUGAAACACAUUGUUUUAUUUUGCUCCAAAAAGGCACAUACACAUUUUUAAAAUAGGCUUUAGAAAGGCUGAGUUUCAGCAAAUCAGUGUCUCUGUCUCACACACACACACACUUAAAAUUCAGAUGAGGAAUGGGGUAGGAAUGGGGUUUUGUCUGGGGCAUAGGGCAGCCAAAACCAAACUGUAGCAGCAAUAAAACUGCUUUUAUCAUGGUGCUGACUAAACGCUCACACUGGUUUCUUCAUAUAGACCAUGGCUUCACUGUAUUUCUUUGCAGUUUCAUAAAUGACUUCGUACCUCAGGUUACCUUUUUAUAUCUCCUGGAAUAUGUACUUAAAUCCUUAGAUUUUCAUUGCCAUUGCUUUAAUAGCUUUUGCUUGAUAUAGUUUUUAAAUGUUUGAUGAUAUUGUAACAAAUAGUUUUGAGACAUUCUGAAACACUAAGGGUGAAGUGCUUCAUAUUACAAGUAGAGUACAGCAGCAAACAAAAGAAGGUUUGUGAAAGUUCUUAAGGGAGAUGCGAGUGCCUGCUGCUGCUUUGGUGUGUCCCUGGCAGUUGCCCCUGAGGAGACCCAAAGGGAGAGCAACUGAGGCCUAAUCCACAUGCAACUGCCACACUGUUUCAGUUGAUGUUUCUCCUUCUCAUGUUUGACUGUGAUAAAUAGGUAGAUAGACGCCAGAGGUGUCUUCAACCAACCACCUGGUGAGGAACUGUUAAAAAUGGUGAAAACCCAGGUCGCAGGUGCAGCGGCCAUUUCUUGCCCCGGUUACAGGCUGGCCCUAUUUCUUUUCCACCAUGGCCAUUUCUGCCUUUGGGGAACUCACAAUUCCUGUUGACUAAAAGAGCACCCUUUCCACCACAAGCCUGACAAAUCAGACGUCCACAUAAUUUCUGAACUCAUUUUGGUUAGGACAGGAAGCACAGGCUCCUUUCCUGUCUGUGUUUUCCUGAGAGAAAACCAUCUUCCCUCCUUUUUUGCAUAUUUGGCAAGUGGUUCCACCUUCCUCUGAGCCGCAGAGGAGUGUGAAGGCAGCGGUGGAAGCGUUCAGGAGGAGGAGGAGAAGGACACGGAGGCCCUGGGUCCUCCCAGUCUGGAUUUGUGUGGGACAGGCAGCUCCUGCUUGGCCUCGGCGAGCCAGAGCUGGUUGAUAACCUGAGGACAAUGGAUGCUGAUGACAGUCAAGACAUGUCCCAAGUUUCAGGGAAGGAAAGCCCCCCGGCAAGCGACACUCCAGAUGAUGGUGACGAGCCCAUGCCUGUCCCUGAGGACCUUUCCACCACCUCUGGAGGACAGCAGAGCUCCAAGAGUGAGAGAGCAGUGGUUACAUAUGGGGCUGAUGACUUUAGGGAUUUUCAUGCAAUAAUUCCCCAAUCUUUCUCUCCCGGUAAUGUUAAAGUAGAGACUCAGAGUGAUGAAGAGAAUGGGCGUGCCUGUGAAAUGAAUGGGGAAGAAUGUGCGGAGGAUUUACGAAUGCUUGAUGCCUCGGGAGAGAAAAUGAAUGGCUCCCACAGGGACCAAGGCAGCGCGGCUUUGUCGGGAGUUGGAGGCAUUCGACUUCCUAACGGAAAGCUAAAGUGUGAUAUCUGUGGGAUCAUUUGCAUCGGGCCCAAUGUGCUCAUGGUUCACAAGAGAAGCCACACUGGGGAGCGGCCCUUCCAGUGCAACCAGUGCGGGGCCUCCUUCACCCAGAAGGGCAACCUGCUCCGGCACAUCAAGCUACACUCUGGGGAGAAGCCCUUCAAGUGCCACCUCUGCAACUAUGCCUGCCGCCGGAGGGACGCCCUCACAGGCCACCUGAGGACGCACUCUGUUGGUAAACCUCACAAAUGUGGAUAUUGUGGCCGAAGCUAUAAACAGCGCAGCUCUUUAGAGGAACAUAAAGAGCGCUGCCACAACUACUUGGAAAGCAUGGGCCUCCCGGGCACGCUGUACCCAGUCAUUAAAGAAGAAACUAAUCACAGUGAAAUGGCAGAAGACCUGUGCAAGAUAGGAUCAGAGAGAUCCCUCGUGCUGGACAGACUAGCAAGUAACGUCGCCAAACGUAAGAGCUCUAUGCCUCAGAAAUUUCUUGGGGACAAGUGCCUGCCGGACCUGGCCUACGACAGCAGCGCCAGCUACGAGAAGGAGAGCGAGAUGAUGAAGUCGCACGUGAUGGACCAAGCCAUCAACAACGCCAUCAGCUACCUGGGGGCCGAGUCCCUGCGGCCGCUGGUGCAGACGCCGCCGGGCGCCGACGCGGUCCCGGUCAUCAGCCCGCUGUUCCCGCUGCACAAGGGCGCGGGCGACGGCGGCCCGCGGCCCAGCCCCGCGGCGCAGGACGGCGCGGUGGAGAACCUGCUGCUGCUCGCCAAGGCCAAGCCGGCGCCCUCGGAGCGCGAGGCGUCGCCCAGCAACAGCGGCCACGACUCCACGGACACCGAGAGCAACGCGGAGGAGCAGCGCGGCGGCCUCAUCUACCUGACCAACCACAUGGCGCCGCACGCGCGCAACGGCCUGGGCCUCAAGGACGAGCAGCGCGCCUACGAGCUGCUGCGCGCCGCGUCCGACGGCGCGCACGACGCCCUGCGCGUGGUGAGCCUGAGCGGCGAGCAGAUGAAGGUGUACAAGUGCGAACACUGCAGGGUGCUCUUCCUCGACCACGUCAUGUACACCAUCCACAUGGGCUGCCACGGCUUCCGUGAUCCUUUUGAGUGCAACAUGUGCGGCUACCACAGCCAGGACCGCUACGAGUUCUCGUCGCACAUAACGCGCGGGGAGCACCGCUUCCACCUGAGCUAAGGCGGCCGCCGCCCCUGCGCCGCCCGGGCUGGCCGCUCCGCGCGCUGCCUUUCCAUUCAUAGGUGGUUUUGAUUUUUUUAAGUUGUUUCGGGUUUGAUUUGCUUUUGGAAACAAGGAGAUUUGUAUUGUUGCAGGCAGGGAGGCACCGGGCGCACCCAGAACUGCUGUCUCUCCCUAGAACUAGCUGAAACCCCUCACUUGCUGCUUCCUAGAGUCCCUUUCUCCAAAUAGUCGCAACGUGCAGAGAAUUAUGUGAAACAGGCCAAAGCCCGGGGAGGGGUGAGCUGGUGCCUGUGCUAAGCACGGGCUUUGUACACCAGGUGUCUUCCCCAGGUCCCCAGAAGCAGCACAUGGCCGGGGUGUUUCUCUGCAGGUGAGCAAACCGGACAGGUGUGUGGCUGCCUGGGAGGUCUGGAUGCAGUAGGGCCAGCGACCCAUGCCAAAGCCACAGCCACGAGCCACAUGCAUCUAGGGCAGAAAGCCUGCACCUUCUGAAAGAAAAUAGUAUUUUAAGUCAUAUUCUGCAUAGGAAAAUGAAUUGGGAAAACUUGUGUCUGUUGGGCUGCCUGGGCAGAGGGCAGGGGUGUUAGGGAGCCUGUUAGACCCCUCCUCGGUUUCUAGGCUUCGAGGGUGUCGCUCAGGCAAUGCUGGGCCUCCCUAGGCUUGGCCAGGUAGGAUGAACUCCGUCUUCCUGUGGGCGUAUCUGGAGAGCCCUGUUUCCUGCUUUUCCAUUCCCACGCCUUUAAUAGCCUAAAAAGUCUAUCACUACAUUUUAAACACCAGUCCCAAAAUUUGGACCUUAAUUCUUUUUGAACCUUUCAAACAGUAAAAUUCCUCAGAAACCAAAGCUUCAUUUCAAAUCUACACUCGUUUCUCUGGUUGUCUCUUCCUCGCCUGGCUGGUUGUACGUAAGACCUGAAGUCUAUUUUCCUACAGAAGUCCAAUCCUAGCCCUCAUUUUAAUUAUAUACAUUUGUUUGUAGCUGCAGGCCUGGAUUUCCUAGUGUUAGUAAAUUUCUUUCCCUACCCUCCUUGUAUAUUAUUCUUGUUUUAAAACCCAUAAAAUAAUGAUUUAGAAGGUUCAUUAAUUUUUAGAUCAAUGAUAUAUGUGAAGCCCAGGGUCUCUGUCACUAAUAUACAGAAUUCACCUGUUUGCAACUAAAUUUUCAAACAUGCUGACACUCUCUACCAUAAAGACAAAGCAGCAUGUGUGUCCACACAGAUAGGAUGAGUGGUUUGCAACUGGUAUUGCUGAAGGAUAUUGGAAUUUACAGAGCAAUCGCCUGCCCAAUCCGGAUGCCCCAGAGAGUAAGGGCCAGCAGGUCUCCCAGGAAAGGCAGGAGGCCACCCCGCCCACCCGUGCUAAGGCAUGGAUGCACUGAGGCCCGAGUCAAGUGUGUGGGGGUUCUAGUCGCACCCAGGAAGAGUGUCUCUCAAGAUUAAUGCCAUCAUUAAGGUCAUUACUCCCAACCAAAGAAAGAUAUACAAUUUCAAAUAUUUAUGGUACUUGUCUUUGCCAAAACCGUACUAAAGUGAACAUGAAGAAACAGAGGGGAAAUUGUAUAUAAGCAUCUCAGCAUUUAAUUUAAACCAGGGGUCUUAGUCUCAGCACUGCUGACAUUCUGAGCUGGAUGAUUAUUUGUUGUGGGGAAACCUUCCCGUGCUUUGUGUGGUGCUCAGCAGCAUCCCUGGUGGCGACCCAGCAUAUGCCAACAGUGUCCCCGAUUGAUGAUUGCCGUUCUCACACGUCCCAGGGGCAGGGGUAGGCGAACACUCCUGGUCGAGAACCACUGAUCUAAAUGAAUUCUAAACCAAUCAAAGGUCUGGGAAGCCUUCCAAAAAUAAAAGCACUUGAAGAAUUUUCUCAAUCAGCAAUAUUAAGUGGGACUUGUUCUCCUUUAGAAUCACAAAUUCUAUAAAUGAAUUAUUCUUCCUUCAGUCUUCAAAAAUGUAUUUCCUUGUGGACAUUUGGGUUUUGUUGAGAGGAGGGAAUUUACAAAGAUAUCAUUCUUGAGUCAUAGAUUUCUUUGCUUACAGAAUGGUGUGGCAUUUUGAAACUGGAAUAAAUAAAAUUGUAAUAAUUUACCUUCUGCCACACCGGUGCGCUGAGUGAAGGGAGAGAGAGGCAGGGUGGUGGACAGCUGUCGUUCAAUAUGCCAGUGCAGAGAAACAUAUGCCUAUCCAAAUUAGUACCUUCAAAGAUUUAAUAUCUUAAAUCUCCAAGAGCCUCCUUAGAUUUCCGUUUUCCUGGCAAAUUUCACCUACCCUGUUCUUUUCCAUCCACCCCACAGAGACAGUUGGUUGACAGGAAUUACUUUUUAAGUGGGUCCAAACAAAGCUUAACCCAGAACUGUAAAUAGUGGCAGCAGGAAUUCUUUUCUAAAAUGCCUUUCCCUUUCCUCUCACUGCCUUUUAUAGCCAAUAUAAAUGUCUAUUUACAUAUCUUUUGUUGUGGAUUUAUAUUGUAACACCAUUUUUCUUUGAAGCUAUUGUAUUUAAAGUAAGGUUUCAUAUUAUGUCAACAAGUAAUUAAAUUAUGUUUGAAAGGUGGCCAUAUUAUGUACCAAAAGUUGCUGAAGUUUUUCUUCUAGCUGGUAAAUGUAGGAUUUUGCAUGAGCUCACACUUUUUGUUCUGUGGUUUGUUCUGUUGUAUGAUGGCGUGAGUGUGUGUCUUGGGUACCACUGUGUACUGCUAUGUGCGUAGAUUCCCUGCAUCCUCACUGUAUUUAAAAUAAAUAUCAGAGACAGGAGGGUUACCAGUAGCAGGCUGACCUGUUGAGUACAGCUAGAAAUCGCUGUUUCUCAUUCCCUCCGCCUCCCUGUCACCCCAGCCUCCCACGAUGUGGCAAGCCUGGCCUCCGCUCUUUGCUCCACGCUUCUUCUGUAAUUUGUACCUAGACGGUGUGAUUGUCCUAAUUCCAAGUCACUAAAAGUCAUUGCAUUAUUGCUGCAUUAUCACCAAAGGGCAUGUCCCAGCACCAAUUGUUUCAGGUACCAGCAUGUUCCAUUUCAAAUUUAGAAUCAACCAGAUAAUAAAAUCUUAGAAUCUUCAUUGAGAAAGAGAGCUGCCUGAGAUAUGGGUUUAUUUUAUGGGUUUCGCCCCUAUUUUUGUGCUUUUUCUUCUUGUUUUGUUUUGUUUUGACUGCACUGUGACUCUUGUAGCACCCUCUUCCUGCCAAAACAAAAGCGAGAGGAACUGGACUCCAUGUAGACCAGUCAUGACACAAACGUGCUUCUCCACGCUUCACUUCUUCAGUUCCAGCAACAAUGAUCGGUCAACUCUGUUUAAAAUCCAGGUCUCUCUCUUUUGUUUCAAUGUUUUUUACUUUAAAAUGAGCCAAAAUUAGACUUAUUUAAGAUGUACAGGCAUCGAAAAAAAGAAGCACAUAUGCUUUUGGUGCAAUGGCACUCACUGUGAACACAUGUAAUCAGAUUUUAAUAUGCAAUAUUGUUUCCAAUACUUUCUAAUACACUUUUUUAUAAUGUUGUGUGUGGUGAUUGUUAAGGUUGAAUCUGUUUGUACCUAAUACAGCUGUAGGUCUUUAACUGCCCUUCCAGCAAGUACAUGCACAGGAUUGUAAAUGAGAAAUUGCAGUCAUAUUUCCAUUCUGCCUCUGGGACAAUGUUAAAUUACUGCUGUUUGGCUGUGAACAAGGGAUGUACCACUGGAGGAAUAGAGUAUCCUUUCGUACACAUUUUGAAAUGCUUCUUCUGUAGUCAUAGAACAAAUAAAUGCAACGAAUACUCUGUCUGCCCUA